CACAUCCCCCUCUCCCUGGCUCGGCUCAUUCCCGGCCCGGCACCCUUUACCUGGUACUCUGUCUCCAGGCUUGCGUUGGCCGGCGCGGACUGGUAGAAACACUGCUUCCUCCCCGCAGGCAGCAGAAACGUGAACUCGCCGUCCUGGAUAGGCAAAAGUUACGACAACUAUGGCAGAGAUUGCUAGGUCCUUCUAAGGCGCCUCCUUGCGGUUUUCCCAGAGUACGCCGCGCGCGACGACGGUUAGGCAAUCCAGCCUGGAUGGGGCGGGCCCCAAAAUUGAGACUGGGCGUGGCCCUGCACGCGACCUGUAGCAUCCGAUAUUAAAAAGGCUCAGCUGGGGCAGGUAGCAGGCCUUUGAUAGUCACGUGGGCGCUUCCUGUUCUUCCAGGUUUACGCCAGCCAUUGGGCAGCCUGCCCUUUGUCUGUUUAGAGAAUUUGGAAGCAACCUCCCUUUGGGAAACAGACACAUAAGCCAAAGACACUAGAGAAACAAACUGCUUCGUGAUUAUGUCUAAACGAGAAGUUGGUGGUGAGCCUUGGGCCACACUGGCCUCAGCCAGAUUUCCCAGUCAAAUUCGUGAGGAGACAUGCCUUGGACUGUCCUGAUCUUUGCAGCUGGUUCCUUGGCGAUUCCAGCACCCUCCAUCCUGUUGGUGCCCCCCCAUCCCAGCAACCAAGAGGACCCCAUCCAUAUCUCAUGUAUGGCCCCCGGGGGCUUCCCAGGGGCAAACUUUACACUGUAUCGUGGAGGGCAAGUGGUCCAGCUCCUACAGGCUCCUGCAGACCAGCUCGGAGUCACCUUCAACCUGAGUGGUGGUGGCAAGGAAGCUCCAGGGGGCACAUUCCAGUGCCAGUAUGGUGUGCUUGGUGAACACCGCCAGCUGCAGAUGUCAAACUUCAGCGAGUCCGUGCAGGUCUCCUUCCCAGUGCCCACCUGGAUCCUGGCACUGUCCUUGAGCCUGGCUGGCGCCUUUCUCCUCCUUGCGGGGCUGGUGACCGUUGCUGUGGUGGUCAGAAAAGUUAAAGUUAAAAAAUUACAGAAGAAAAGAGAGCGAGAAUCCUGCUGGGCCCAGAUUAACUUCGCCAGCACAGACAUGUCCUUCGAUAACUCCCUGUUUGCCAUCUCCAUGAAAAUGACUUCGGAAGAAGACACAGCUACCCUGAAUACUCAUUCAGGAUCCGCUGGGACACCUAGCAAUACUGGGCCCCGGAAGAGGCCCACCUCUACGUCAUCCUCACCUGAACCACCGGAAUUCAGCACUUUCCGGGCCUAACAACAAGGCUAAGUCUUGGGAGUCCCUUUCUCUAUGGCGGCGUGCCCUCCAUUCAGCCUUCUCCCAUGAGGUGGCUGGUCCAUGCAGGACCUGAGGUCCCUUCAGCUAUUUAUGGAGGUCCCUGGCCGCUGCUUUCUCAGGGAAUUGAACAGAGAAGAUGAAGGGGACCCUUGGCCUUGUGACCUUUCUCAGAGGAGCAGGAGUGGGAGAGGGGAUGGAUGCUGGACAGAAAGUAGGAAGUCUCUCAAGUCCUAGCAUCUCAGACCGCCAUGGAAGGAGAUGUUAGAAUCCCUUCUGGCCCCCAGCUGAGCCAUAAAAGAUCUGAGCUCUGUACACCACCCCAGUUCCUCACGCCCCACCUGAUCCCCCACCUCACCCGAUUUGGCCAAUGCAAUUGGUUUUGGUGCACAGUUUACAGGGAUAUGUUUUAUGUGUCUGUCCUGUUGCCAUGCCUAAAUUAUUAUAACACAUGCUGAGCUGUUCCCAAGA